UGCAGGACCAUAUGCUGUCACGCGCAAUAGCUUAUAUGCAAGUUAAAGAAGAGUGAGCUAUUGCCUAAGCGUGACAUCACCCGACCCAAUGUUUUUUUCCUGAUUAGACUUUGAAAAAAGAAUUUCCUUCCCGAUUCAACUGGUUCGCGCACACAGACCGGCACUCGAGAGUUUCUUCCUUUUUUGCGUUUCGCGAGCUUUUCAUCGAUCUCAUAAUCUUUUUUGUCACAAUCAAAAACAACUAAAUAAUGGGUCAAACACUUUCAGAGCCGAUUACGGACAAGACCUCCAGCAAGGAUAAUGACAAGAGGUUUGCGUAUGGCGCAUCCGCCAUGCAAGGCUGGCGACUGACUAUGGAGGACGCUCACACGACGCUGUUAAAACUCGAUGAUACAGACGCGAGCUUUUUCGGAGUAUAUGAUGGUCAUGGCGGUGCCACAAUUGCCCAGUACACUGGCCAAGUCUUGCAUAAAAAGAUCCGUGAAAGCUCUCAUUUCGAUCGGAAAGAAUAUCAUGAAGCAUUGAAGGAUGGUUUUUUGUCAAUUGAUAAGGAUUUGAGUGAAGACGGAAACUUUGCUUACGAUCCUUCUGGAUGUACAGCUGUGACAGCCCUUGUUACACCCGACGGUAAAAUCCUUGUGGCAAACGCAGGAGACUCACGAUCUGUCAUUAGCGUCAAAGGCAAAAGCAAAGCCCUGUCGUACGAUCACAAGCCCGUUGAUCGGGCUGAAUCACAGCGGAUCAUUGCAGCAGGGGGUUUUGUGGAAUUUGGACGUGUCAAUGGCAACUUGGCACUUUCCCGCGCUAUUGGUGAUUUUGAAUUCAAGCAAAACGCUCAAUUGCCUGCUGAGGAACAAAUUGUCACCUGUGAUCCCGAUAUUAUUGAACAUGAAAUGACAGAUGAUGACGAGUUCUUUAUUUUGGCAUGUGAUGGUAUUUGGGAUUGCAUGACGAAUCAGCAGGCUGUAGAUUUUGUACGGGAGGCAAUUGCUACAAAGGCACCAUUGGAUGAAAUUUGCGAAAUGAUGAUGGACCAUUGUCUGGCACCCGACAGUGAAGUCGGUGGUUUAGGCUGUGACAAUAUGUCAAUUAUCAUUAUCGGCAUAUUGAAUGGUAAAUCCAUGGACGAGUGGUAUGAAUCCAUUGCUUCCCGCGUAUCUUUAGAAAAGCCAAAGCAGGAUGCUCUUGGCAACGAUGUCACUUCCGUUGAAGAAGCAUCCGACAAAGCAGAAGAGGCUCCAACCGUGGAAAAGGAUGUCAUCGAGAAAGCGCCUGUCAAAGAUGAGACGCCUUCAUCUUAAGAUCAACACAUCAGAAGCAAAAGAAUUUGUUUCCGCUUCUGCUAUCACAAAUGAGGUCUCAAAGAAGUACUAAUUACUAUGUGUGUAUACAAAAGGAAACCCAUCUCGCUCCUCUUUCUCCCGCUACUACCAACAGCAACAACAACAACAGCAAAAAAGUGCAUUAAACAAUACCGUACAGACUCCCCCUGCUCUCUUUUUCUA